AUGGCUGCAGAAGGCAUACGAUUCCCAGCAUCAAGGGACUUUGCUGAUGCUCCCUCACACUCUCCCUAUAACGACAACGAUGCCGCCUCCGAAAGAACAACCGUCGAACCCCUCCACCGAGCCCCAACAGCCGAAGAUCUCGUCAACCUCCCCACACGUAUCCUAUCCAACAAUGCCGCUCUCGAAGAAUACACACAAGAAACAGUCUCGGGACAGAUGGUCCGAGAAGUGCGAUCCAAUGCCGGCAAGGUGGAAAAGUACGAUUUGGUCACGUUCGUCGUGGAUGACAAGGAGAACCCCAAGAACUGGAGCAAGGCGUUCAAGUGGUGGUGCACAAUGUGUGUCGCUUUAACAUGUUUCGUCGUGGCAUUCAACUCUGCGGUCAUCACGGCCGACCUCGAAGGUGUGAGUGCCGAGUUUGGAGUCAGCGAAGAAGUGGCUCUUCUCACCAUUUCGCUUUUCGUCGUGGGAUUUGGUGUUGGUCCUAUGGCUUUUGCGCCUGCAUCCGAGAUCUGGGGCAGGAGGCCGGUUUACACUGUUACACUUGCAGUCGCCGUCAUCUUCACGAUUCCUGGUGCCGUCGCAAAGAACAUUGGUACUUUGUUGGUAACUCGGUUUAUUGCCGGCGUGGCUUUCUCGGCGCCCAUGACACUUGUGGGCGGCACAUUGGCGGAUAUGUGGAGGUCAGAAGAGAGAGGUGUGCCCAUGGCUGUAUUCUCAGCAGCUCCUUUUUGUGGACCGGGGGUUGGUCCCCUAGUUGGUGGCUACCUCGGUGCAGCCGGUGGCUGGCGCUGGCUCUACUGGAUUCAGCUCAUCCUUAGCGGUAUCGUAUGGAUCUUGAUCUCAUUCACGGUUCCAGAGACGUAUGCGCCCAAGAUUCUCGCGAAUAGGGCAAAAAAGAUGCGCAAGGAAACUGGUGACGAUAAGUACGUCACGGAACAAGACCUCGAUAUGCGACCUUUCAGCCAGCGCCUCCAGCUGUUCCUCCUGCGACCAUUCCAGUUGCUCUUCCGCGAACUCAUCGUCUUCUUGAUCUCCUUGUACAUGUCCGUACUGUACGGUCUUUUGUACAUGUUCUUUGUCGCCUAUCCUAUUGUCUAUCAAAAAGGCAAAGGUUGGGGCGCAGGACCGACUGGCCUAAUGUUCAUUCCACUCAUCUGUGGUGUUUUCCUCUCCGCUGCAUGCGCGCCCCUCGUCAACAAGCAUUACCUCAAGCUCUCAGAGAAGUACAACGGUCGCCCACCGGCGGAAGUACGUUUGAUUCCCAUGAUGUGCUCAUGCUGGUUUAUUCCGAUUGGUGUCUUCAUCUUCGCAUGGACCAGCUACAAAGAUCUCCACUGGGCUGGCCCUGCAUUUGGCGGUGGAGCGGUCGGUUUUGGCUUCAUCUUCCUUUACAAUGCGGCAAACAACUAUCUAGUCGAUUCGUACCAGCACCAGGCAGCUUCUGCGCUGGCUGCCAAAACAUUCCUGCGUAGCUUUUGGGGCGCCGCGGUCGUUCUAUUCACAAAUCAGAUGUACGACCGCCUUGGAGACCAAUGGGCAAGUUCUUUGAUCGCUUUCAUCGGUCUUGCUUGCUGUGCAAUCCCCUUUGUGUUUUACUUUUACGGCGCAAGGAUCCGGGCUCACUCGCACUACGCAUAUAGUGAGGAGGCCGAGAACAAGGCCGAGAAGCAGGUUGUGUAA